UUUCGUAAUUGUGUUCUACUGCUUGUCAUGAAUUUUGUCUUCCAUUCAGUGCUUUCAUGUUGUCUCAUUAUGUUGUUGUCCAUUUGUCAUGUGGGUUGCAUCUGGCCCUCGAAUUCAUGGUAGAAUUAACUGUUGAAAAUAUGUUCUUUUUGGCUUGAAUGGACAAAAUCCAUUUCCUAUCGAGCUCCCAACUUCUCCUUUGUCUCUCCCAGCUUCAUUCUUUUUGGUUUGUCAGUUUGGCAUGGGCAGAUGCAGGCCAAGACAACUUUAACACUGAGUGAUUCUGCUGUUCGGAGCGCAGAAUAUAGGUAGAGUGGCUUGCUGUUGUGCCAAAAAAAUUCUAGCAUUUUAACCUAGAACGUGAACGAUUAAAUUCUAAUCGAGCUGGGAGUGGUGCAUUUCAGAUUCUCUUGAUAUCAAAUGUUGAUUCGGAGCUCUCUUUCUAGUUCUAUGAGGACAAUUUUUUUUUUUCUACGUCUGACCAUGAAAAAAAAUCAGGGGGUGAACUUUUAUUGUGAUUGUCCGCAUAGUGGUUAAGCUAAUGUCUCCAAAUUAUGAUGAUUGCCCUUGGGAUAGCUGUAGAAAAUCCAUUUCUUCUGAGGAGGAAGAGUGCAGAUCAUCUAACACUGAUAUUUUAGAUUUGUCAAGAAGCUGCUCAGGUUUAUCAACUGUCAACAACAUGUGUCUAAGUUCUACAUCUAAGAGGGAUGGCUAUGUGUACAAGAGAAGGAAGUUGCAUAGGAACUCUAUUGCUAUUCUGACAGAAGAAAACACAACCACAGAAACAAAAGCAAAUGUUAGUUAUCAUUCUUGCAUGAGUUCUGAAGACUAUCAGUUGACCUUGCACAAGGAUGACCUUGGAUGCGCUCCAAACAUCUCAUUUUGUGGUUGUUCCAGAGAUGUAUCACUUAAUAGAGAUAUAUUGAUUUGUGAACAGCACCAUGUACAGAAGUCCAUAGCUGUACCUAGCUCUCAGUUUGAGUCUGUUCCAAACUCUGGGACCCAUGAGAUAUGUUCUAUUAGAGAAUAUGAAGUGCCUGCAAAAGCUUCUAUUGGUAAUCUUUGCAAACCUGUACUGGGGCACUACUCCAGCAUAAAUGAUAGUUCUUCCUCAUCAAAAUCUAAUACAGAACUUAGCCCAGCUUUCAUGAAGAAGGAAGUAGAGGAUCCUGAUGUGGGGGAGUGUUCUUCAUCUGGCAUUGUCCUUGUAGAACCAUGGGGAGAAUUCACAUCAGCAAGGGACCUCUGCAUAUCUCUGCUUAGAAGCCAUGGACUCCUUGGAAGUGCAGGAUUUACCAGUGAAUCUGCCUCUUUAGAGGUCCUAUAUGACAAUGAUGACAAAUUUUCUCAGACAUGCAAAAUAUGUGGACUUUUGGAAAACCCAAAGAAGAUGCUAAUUUGUGACCUUUGUGAACAAGCAUAUCAUUUGUCUUGUUGCAAUGCUAGAGUAAAGAAGCUGCCAGUUGAUGAAUGGUAUUGUCAGCCUUGUUUUAGAAAGAAACCAAGGCCGCUGACUGGAAAACCAUUCAGUGCUGAGGGUAAAAUUUCUGAGUAUAGGAAAUGGAUGUCUCAUGGAGAUUUGGGUCCUAUAUCGUUCAUGCUGAGAGACACUAAGCCAUAUACUUCUGGUGUUCGUAUUGGUAAAGAUUUUCAAGCAGAAGUUCCAGACUGGUGUGGUCCCAUUGCUGAUGAUCAUGAUUAUUUUGAUGCACCCUCUGAAAUAGAUCCUGCUAAAUUUUCUAAUGCAAAUGAAUGGAAUGGUAACAAGAUAUACAAAAGAAGUAGCAUUGGUAAUUGGAUUCAAUGUCGGGGGGUGAUAGAUACCAGUGGAACCAAGGAGAUUAUUUGUGGAAAGUGGCGCAGAGCACCUCUUUAUGUAGUUCAAACUGAUGAUUGGGAUUGUUCAUGUUCUGUUCUUUGGGAUCCAAUACAUGCUGAUUGUGCUGUUCCUCAGGAGCUGGAAACUGAUGAAAUUCUGAAGCACUCAAAUAUAUAAAAAUGGU